AGGAUUCCUUCAUUUAUUCAAUAUGAAGCAUUUUCCAAGAAUCGCUGUUUUCAUUUUGCUGCUGCUUGUUGUUAUUGGGCUUUUACUUUAUAAGGAUUAUGUUCAAAAAAGCUACUCUAGAAAUCUGGAUGGAAAAUGUCACGUGGCUUCUUGGAAUCAGGUUCAUACGGAUUCAGAGUUCCAGUCGUAUAUCGAUAUGUUUUCUCGGUGGCUAUGGAGAAGGUUGAACUUAUCAGUUGAAAACAAUCAAAACUACACCUCAACCUCCAUCCUGGGUGCCUAUGUAUACCCGAAGCUCAUCUCAAUAUCCCUAACUUCACAAUACCUAAGCCAACAGAAAAUUUACUGCCGGUACUACGACUGUAAACGGAGAGAACUCUUGGGAAGUGCAUAUGAGAGUGUAGUCUUUCCCGAAUCAGUGGUCCACUGUCCAAGAAGAGCCGGAGCCGAGUUUGUGUCAGUUUCCAGUGGCUUCAACUCGUCUACACCGGAGCCAGUCAGAUUGAGCUUCAAGGCUUAUGAUGAACCCGUCCACGACUUGUCGGUCUGUGUAGCCCCACUCUACGGGAACGAAUCAAAAUGGCUUCAAAUUGUGGAUUUUGUGGAGCAUAUGAAGCUUGAGGGCGCAACAUAUUUCUACUUUUAUGUCGGAACGAUUAAUGACUACGAUCGGAAAAUGUUGACGGAAUAUGUGAGAACAGGAGAUGUUGAGGUCACAUUUUUACAGGACAAGUUUGAAAGACCAGCUUAUGCAUGGCACCUUUUGAUGAUGCAGGAUUGCCACCUCCGAUCCAAAUAUCACUCAAAAUGGAUCACCUUUUUGGAUCUGGACGAACGAAUCUCGUCUGGAACCGAGUAUAAUAACCUGCUGGAAGUCAUAGAAUCCCAACCCAGAAGCGUAGGGGAGCUUCACGUGAGCGUCUUGAAUAUUCUAAAAUAUGAAGAUACACCUGAAAAGUUCACUUCAAUGGAACAGCUGAAAGAAGAUAUGAUGUUCCGGAAAUGGACGAACACCAUAGAUCCCACGUGGAAUGCAUCAAAGGCUAUUGUUAGACCGGAGCAGAUAGGAAUAAUGUUUAUUCACUAUGCAAUUGCUAAGCAGUUUGGAGUCAACACGGUCAAGCUUAACGCAUCUCAAGCCGCUGUCAGACACUACCGAAAUACCCUACACAGAAUGGAGGCUCCCGAUUGGCAUCCCACGGCUCCAACCAAGUCGCCCACAGUCCAAAGAUGGCCUUUAAAACCUGAAUUUGUGGAAAGCCUGUCAAAUGCAAUAGUUGCAAAAGUUCAACAUGUGUACUGUAAGGUGCCUGUAAAUUGUACGACAAUUGCGAGGUAUUUAUGGGAAUCGAGGCAAUAUCCGAAUCCGUGUAUUUCAAUGUCUCCGAUAUUUUAGUUUUCUUUUUUUCUGAUUUAUAGCUUGUUUAGUACAAAAUAAAUGUGUUUUAUUAAA